CAUUCCAAGAGAGUAAGAUUAUGCAUACAACAUUCAGUUUUGGGGCUUCUUGGAAUGAGCCCAAGGCCCAAACAUUUCCCAUCACAAACCACAUUGCAAAGGAAACGGCGUCGUUUGCCAAUCCCCAACCUCACCCCCACCCCCAAAUGCCCUCAAGCCUCAACGGCUCUCCUCGGGGUCUCUUUCUCGCCACUCUCUCCUCGGCGUUCGUCUUCUUGCUUGGAGCCUUGCCAUCAGCUUCCUUGGCGCAACCCGAUUUGUGAUGGGUUCGCCGCCGAAGAAGAUCAUGCUAUGCAGUUCGGAAAAGGAGAUUUUCAGUGUGGAAGAACAAGUGAUGGUGCAACAUUCGGUGAUCAUAAACAACAUGAUCAAAGAUGGGUUGUUUAACCAUGAAGAGAGCAAGAUUCCACUGGAUUGUGUUGACUCCAAGACCCUCAAGAAGAUCAUCGAUUAUUGUACGCACCACACUCACCACCACAACGACAACCAAAAAGAUCUUGAGGCUUGGGAUGCUCAAUUUCUCAAUGUUGAUUCUAACACCCUUUAUGAUUUGUUGAUGGCAGCAAAUUAUCUUGAGAUUAGAAAUCUCUUGGAUCUGAUAUAUGGAACUAUAAAAAAUAUGAUAAAGGGAAAGAAAAUAGAUGAGAUACGCAGAAUCUUCAACAUCAAAGACCAUGGCUUCACUCCUGAAGAGGAAGAACAAAAUCGCAAGGAGUACCCACAUCUUUAUUAGAACAAAUCUUGUCUACUCUUCAAUUUUAUUUGUUUUAAAUUUUUUCUAUAUGAUGAUCAACACCUAGUAUUCAAUAUGGGGAUGUUAGAAAGUGUUUUGACUCUUUUGA